UUGAAAUUGAAACUUCCCUACCCUUCCCCCUCUUCGUUGUAUUAUCGUCAUCAUCAGGGUUUUAGGCUUUUAGCCCUCUUUUCCUUCUCCUGUAACCUCAAAUCUCAAGUCAAUGGAACCCCUUGCUAAAGUACACAGCCGUCACCAACCCCUUUCUCUUUCUCUCAAUCACCACCGUCCAUCAUUUUCUAAACCUAUUUCUGCCCUCUCCUUCAGAACAACCACCGCCACACCCUUCAAAUUCUCCUCCGUCAGAGCCUCUUCUUCCACCCAUCAAAACCCUAAACCGAACCGUUCCCUCCUCCAAACUCUAAAUCCACUCGCCUGGUCUCUCGUCAAAACAGCUUCUGUAACCGUCGCUGCCGCUGCCGCAUUACUCUUCACGCGCCUCCACCACAUUAAACCCGCAAUUGCUUCCCCAAUCGAGGCGCCCACGGUGGAGUCCACUGCUGAAUCAUCGGAAAAGACAGAGGAUUUUACUUUCGAAGAAAAAGAGAGAAAUGUUCAGCAGCACUUGAGUGAACAACCCAACGAUGUUGAAGCUCUUCGCUUGCUCCUGGAGCUUAAAUUGAAGUCGCAUAAAGUACCGGAGGCAAUCGAAGUUAUUGGACGGUUAAUUGAGGUCGAACCGGAUGAAUUUGAAUGGCCGUUGUUGAAAUGCCAAGUUUUAAACUAUUCUGGGGAUUUCGAGGCUGCCUCUAAAGGGUUUGAGCAAAUAUUACAAAAAGACCCGCUUCGAGUUGAGGCUUUUCACGGGCUGGUGAUGGCUUAUGAGGCCACGGGCUAUACGUUAAAGGACUUGGAGAAGAGAAUUGAGAGUGCAAUGCAGAAGUGCAAGAAGGAAAACAAGAAUUCUGAUUUAAGGAACUUUAAAUUAUUGAUUGCGCAAAUUCGGGUUAUGGAGAGUAAACAUUCAGAGGCAUUGAAGGUAUAUGAGGAGCUCGUGAAGGAAGAGCCGAGGGAUUUCAGGCCCUACUUGUGUCAAGGAAUUAUAUACACUUUGUUGAAUAAUGACGUUGAGGCCGAGAAACAGUUUGAGAAAUUUCGAAGGCUUGUUCCAAAUGAUCACCCCUACAGACAAUUUUUUGCUGAUGACAUUUUUGCAAAAAAGCUUUUCGGGGAGAAGGUAGAAAGAGAGGGCAUGGGAUCGAGAAGUUGAGAGAAGUGGCUGGUUCUUGUUCAUCAUCUGAAUUGAAGACUCCUGGUCUAUUAGUGAGAAUCUUUCUUUUACAUUUUUGUUUUUUUGGGGUACAUUUAGUGAUUGUUUAACUUAAAUUGUGGGUGGGAAAUAACUGCAAAUCGUGCACAUUUGAGCUCUGGAAAUAUUAGGGAAGAUAAAUAUUUAUAGUCUCUUUUUAUAUAGAAACAGUCACUUGCUAUUGUUUUUGUUAUUCUCUUGUGGUGCUGUGUAUGUUUACAGGUUUAAUGUAAUAAUAUUUAACUAGAGCCAUCUGGAUAAAGCUUUCAUAUUAUGUAUCUCACUAUUAAGAAUGCUUGCCCUUUGGGAGGCUUUUGUACAAUUGAUGAAGAUGGUGAAAUUUGUGAUA